AUGGAAAAUGCUGCUGCUCCUUCAAAGCCUCCUCCAAACAACAAAGUUCAUGAGUCAAAUGAAGAUGGCACUGCCAUUGACAUCAGUUCUGCUCCAACCUUUGGCUUAGAUGAAAACACCAACGAUGAAUCCACACAAUUCUUCUGGUCAUGCCUUUUCCUCUUUACUUUCUAUAUUGCCAUAUGCAAUGAUGGAGAUGGACUACUUGGGAUCAGCAGAAUUCUAAAACUACGUAACCAACUGCUUUCACACCGUACGAACAACAUCCGGAGCAAGGAGCCCAACAGUUUGGAAGAUAUCUUAAGAAAAGGUUUUAGCACCGGUCUAUCCUAUAUGUACUCCAGUUUAUUCGAAGUCUCCCAAUGGUGUAAGGCCGUCGACUUAUUGGGAAAAAGGAGGAAGAUCACUUUGAUCUCUUGUUUGGCAGAAGAUCUCAUCAAAGAAGUGAAAGAGCUAAAAACCGAACUCCAACAAACCCUACAAACUUAA